AAUGCAAUUUAUUAUAAAUUUAGUGAUUAAAUAAAUAAUAACUAAGCUCUAAAGAGGAAAAUAGCAGUAGAAUCUAGUAAAAAUGUGUUGCAUGGAAGUUCAUUAAGUAAAAACAUGAUGUGAAGUUAUAUAGUGGAAAUACUAAAUGGUAAAAUAGUUUUGUUUGUAUCCUAUUGCCGGUAAAAAGUCAAGAAAAAUGGCCAGUUCCCAGGUGUUUGAUUUGAUAAUAGGACUUAAGUCCCGCCAUACGGAAACCAGGCAUAAGGCUAUUAGAGAGCUUCUGCAUUUCGCGAAAACUGAUCUUCGUGAAAUGUCUCAAGAUGCCUUGAAGCAAACUUUGGAUGACUUCAACCAACAUAUUCAUGCACUCACAUCCAGCUUCGAUAAUUUCGAGAAGAGGGCUGGCAUUUUAGUCAUUGUGUGUUUAAUUAGUGGCGAAAAUGAUAUAAACAAAACGCGCAUAACUAGGUACGCCCAAUAUUUACGUAACAUUUUUCCAUCAAAUGAUACAAAUAUAUUGGAACUGGCAUCUAAGGCAAUGGGGCGUAUUGCUGCCUCCUAUGGCAUAAAAAGGAGUGAAUAUGUCGAAAAUGAAAUGACAAGAGCCUACGAUUGGCUAUCUGAAGACAGAAAUGAAUCAAAACGACUAUCUGCAUGUUACAUGUUAAAAGAAUUAGCAAUAGCAAUGCCUACGUACUUUUUUCAGCACAUAAAUGAUUUCUUCAAUCAUAUUAAACUAGCCUUAAGAGAUCCUAAGGAGCAGGUGAGAGAGGCAGGAGCUAAAGCAUUAAGGGCAGCUUUUGUGAUAACAAUACAAAGGGAAUUGCCGGGACAGCUACACAAAGCUCCAUGGUAUGCUCAAUGCUACGAGGAAGCGUUAACAUCAUUCUCUGAUCAUGCUCUUAGGGAAUGUGGUCUGAGCAGAGAUGAAAGUGUACAUGGUGCCUUAUUAAUUUUAAAUGAACUUAUGAGAUGUUCAAAUGCUCAAUGGGAGAAAGAGUACACAAUCCUGAUGCAGAAGUUGGAUUCAAAACAGGAUGUGUCAGAUGAAAUGACCACCUUUCAUACGAAUAACUACACAUGGUCAUACCAAAAGUACUCUGAUGAGAAACAGUUGAAUGUUGCUACAUAUCAAUCAGCUAAAUGUAGGCAACUAAUUACAGAAAAGUAUGACAAGAUUUCCUCAGAUGUGAUGGCACAACAAAUAUCCAGAUCUCACAGUGUGCACCAGAUGUUAUUGUUAAUCAUUCCAAGGUUAGCAGCAUUCAAUAAGGAAUCUUUCUCUAAAAAGCAUUUAAAGUCCACCAUAAACCAUUUGAUAACAUUCCUGAGGGGUAGAGAAAAGGAGAAGGCCAUUGCAUUUACGACUUUAGGGCUAAUAUGUGUCGCCGUUGGGGAUGAAAUACAACAGUACUUGUAUAGGAUAAUUGAAAUAAUAAGGUUGUCCUUGCCACCCAAAGAUUUUACCAAAAAAAGAACUGGCAUGGAGUCCCCAUUGUUUAAUUGUAUAACAUUACUGGGGUUUGCCAUGAAAGAGAAUGUCGCCGCUGAAAUCAAGGAGUUACUGGACCCCAUGUGUACAACUGGUCUCACUCCUCAACUGACCACAUGUUUUAAAGAACUGAGUCAUAAUAUACCAUCAAUAAAAAAAGAUAUAACCGACAGACUGCUGAAUAUCCUCUCGUUGAUUCUUAGGAAAAAGCCUUAUUUAUCCCAGAGUGUUGAGUCCCACGCAGGAUUCUCUUCCUCUGCCUUAAUUGAGCCACAUGAUUCUAUUAAGUUAGUUUUAGCUUUGCGUACUUUAGGGUCGUUUGAUUUUGAAUGGAAUAACACUUUGAUGUCCUUCAUAAGGAGAUGUACAGAUUACUAUCUUCAGAGCGAGCAGCACGAUAUUCGCUUGGAGUCGAUAAAAACUAUCGCCAAACUGUUAAUAAAGGCGAUAGAAAGAACUUCUCAAUGUAACUCGCGAACCUUGAAUAUGAUAGUUGACGAGUCUAUCGGCAAACUUCUGUCGGUGGGUCGAUCAGAUUUCGACCAAGAAAUUCGCUACAAAGUUCUGGAAAUUUUCGUCAAUCCCAUAUUUGAUAAGUUCCUAGCUUCGGAGGAGCACUUGAGCUGCCUAUUUGUUGCCGUCAACGACUCUAGCAGUGACAUAAGCGAGCUGGCGUUGUGCAUUGUGGGUAGACUGAGCAACUUGAAUCCCAGUUACACGACGCCGGGCUUGCGUCAGUUGUUCGUGCAGAUUCUAAUGGAGCUGCAGUAUUCAAAAUCCGCUCGCUCUAAGGAGCAAUCGUUGAAAAUGAUCAACAAUAUUAUAUCCCAUGCACCCAGGCUAACACGACAGCUAGUCGAUACGAUACUCAAAAUCCUAGUGCCUAAAUUACGCGACGAGGAUAGCAAUUCGGCUAUGAUAUGCACGACAUUGAAAGCGAUAGGUGAUUUGGCUGAAGUGAACGGCGGGGGAAAUGCCCUGCAGGAGUGCUUAUCGGAGCUGACGUCGAUCCAAGUCGAGAUUCUAUCCGACCCCAACCAGUCCGAGAAGAGAAGUGUCGCGUUGUGGUCGUUCGGGCAAGUGGUGAGCGCGGUGGGCCACGUCGUUACACCUUACAUGGAGUAUCCCAAUUUAAUGGAUCUGCUCCUCAGCUUUCUAAAGACUGAGCAGCAAUCGCGGGAUCGCAGGGAGACGAUACGCGUCCUGGGACUUCUUGGGGCACUGGAUCCAUACAAGCAUAAAGUGAAUCAAGGUCUCAUAGACUUCCAAACUGUUUCGACGCUUAUCCCUAUCGAUGGGAACACCCCCACCUACGAGAGUUUCGAUGCUAAUAUAAGCGAGAUGCUGGUAAAUAUGUCGCCGCUAGUUUUGGACGAGUUUUAUCCGGCCAUCACAGUCGUGUCACUGAUGAGAAUCUUGCGCGACCCGGCUCUUAGUCAGCACCAUAUAAGCGUAGUCCACUCUGUUACUUAUAUUUUUCAAACUCUUGGCAUAAAAUGCGUUCCUUACAUUUCUCGCGUCACCCCUAGCCUUCUGUACGUGAUACGCACCACUGACGACGAAAGUUUCCGAGAGUUUCUAUUCACCCAACUCGCUCAACUAAUAUCCGUAGUCAAAAUUCACAUUCGAGAGUAUUUGGAGGACAUAUUCAAUUUGAUUCGGGAAUACUGGACGCCCGACAGUCCUCUGCAGCCAACUCUCAUAUUGCUGAUAGAGCACAUAACGGUAGCCAUCGGGACAGAGUUCAAAGUGUAUCUUAGAAAAAUACUACCGAAUAUAUUGCGCGUACUUAAGCACGACGUGAGCAAAGAUAGAUUUUUGACGGAGAAGCUUUUGAUGGCAAUCCAGAAGUUUGAAAACAACUUGGAUGAUGUCCUCAUGUCUGUUAUACCUGCUGUGACCAGUCUGUUUGACGGACGCAAUAUUCCAACGUCAGUUUCCAAGCUAGCCAUGGAGACUAUUGAACAUUUGUCUAUAUAUCUGUACCUACGACCGUACUCGGCGAUCCUCAUCCAAGCUCUCGCUAAAGUGUUGGAGAACAACCCGACUCUACGCCAGGUAGCCAUGAACACACUCUGCGCUCUAGUGGUGCAACUGGGAAGAGAUUACAUCGACUAUAUACCUUCAAUAGAUAGGAUCCUUGUGAAACAUAAAAUACAUUGUUCGAAUUACAUAGUAUUGAUAACGAGACUGCAAGGUAUAUCUACUUUGGCAUCCGACGACGAUUAUAUGGACGAGACGAGGCUCCGACUGAGAAAUUUGAAGACUGAUGUUGUGCCUACAAGUGAUAUGCAAUCGAUUCAAAAGUUAGCUCUAAACAUACAAAACUUACGAAAAUACUUCUCCGUCCACAACCUUAUAUCGAAAGAGGAUUGGUUGGAGUGGCUGCGUCAGUUGAGUAUCGGUCUUCUGACCGAAUCUAACAGCCCGGCUAUUAGGGCAUGUGCGGGCUUAGCACAGAUAUACACUCCAUUGGCUAGCGACCUCUUCAAUGCCGCAUUCAUGUCGUGUUGGACAGAACUAAAAGAGCAACCCAGAUUGGAGAUAGCUAAUGCGUUAGAGAAAGCACUGACCGUACCAGACGCACCCGAGUUGGCUCUAGUUGUUCUCAAUUUGGCUGAGUUCUUUGAACACUGUGAAAAAGGAACCCUGCCUAUAUCAAUCAAACUUCUCGGUGACACCGCCAUCAGUUGCAGGGCCUACGCCAAGGCACUCUAUUACAAGGAAGAAGAGUAUAGAAGAAACCCGUCAACACAAGUCAUCGAAGCUCUGAUACACAUUAACAAUAAACUGCAGCAAAAAGAAUCCGCUAAUGGCUUACUCGAAAAAGUGAUUACCCAACAGAAAACUGGUGAUAGCUUACUGAGCGUCCAUGUGAGAUGGUACGAGAAAUUACAUAACUGGGAGCAAGCCUUGGAGCUGUAUGAUAAGAAGCUAGAAGUGGAACCGCAGGAUUGUGAAUCCAAACUGGGGAUGAUGCGCUGCUUAGAGGCUAUGGGAGAGUGGCGUAAACUUUUCAACAUAUGCGAUGCGUCCAACAACGAGACUUCCGAAGAAAUCAGAAAGAAAUCGUCAAAAAUUGCCGCAGCGGCAGCUUGGGGCUUGCAAGAAUGGGAUAGUAUGAAGAAGCACGUCGAGUGCAUUUCGGAAAACACUCUGGAUGGGUCGUUCUACCGAGCUAUUCUGUCUAUUCACGACGGACUCUGGUCGGAAUCUAGACAUUACAUCGAUUCGGCGAGAAGUAUUCUCGACGUCGAACUGACGGCCGUCGUUGGAGAAAGUUACCAAAGGGCAUACGCGACGCUGGUGAACGCCCAACUUCUGACGGAGCUCGAGGAGGUCGUGACAUACAAGCUGGUGGAGGAGCGACGAGGAGUCAUAUACAAGUCCUGGUGCGCGAGACUGCAGGGGGGCGAGAAGCUGGUGGAAGACUGGCGGAAGAUACUCCAAGUUCGCAGCCUAGUUAUGUCACCGCAAGAAGACUUCCAAACUUGGCUGAAAUUUGCGUCGCUCUGCCGAAAGACUGGUGCUAUCAACCAAUCACACAAAAUUGUGCUGUCCGUUUUAGGAAGUGAUCCGAUUACGAAUCCCGAUGUGCUGCUACGCGUGCAGGAUCCGAGGAUAAUAUUGUCCUACUGUAAGAACCUGUGGGAUGUCGGUAAUAAGAGAUACGCGUACGAUAUAUUGCAGAGAUUCGUCGAGAGUUCGGAGCCGGGUAGCGAGGAACAGUGUAAGUUACUCGCGCGCUGUCAUCUCAAGUUGGGCUCGUGGUGCGAAAUGCUUCAUGAGAUAAACGAAGAUUCCAUACCCGAUAUUCUGAGAAAUUACGCUACAGCGAUAUUCCUAGCCCCAGAGUGGUACAAAGCCUGUCACGCUUGGGCGUGUAUGAACUUCGAAACGGUGCUGUUCUACAAGCAACAGGACAACCUCUCUGAAAGCAGCAUCGCUGGUGCUUCGGGUGAUAAAAAAGUGUCAAGAAUUGAGUUUAUUAAUACCUACACCAUACCAGCUAUAGAGGGAUUCUUCAAGUCAAUUAGCUUGUCCAAUGGCAGCGCUCUGCAGGACACUCUUAGGUUACUGACUCUGUGGUUCGAUCACGGGCACUACCCGGCUAUAUACGAUGCGUUAUUCGAGGGUAUUCGACAAAUCGACGUCCAAAUCUGGCUUCAAGUGAUACCACAGCUGAUUGCAAGGAUAGAUUCACCAAGGAGUUUGGUCGCGAAACUGGUCCAUAUUCUGCUAAUCGAUAUCGGCAAGUUGCAUCCGCAAGCGCUGGUAUAUCCCUUAACGGUUGCGACGAAAUCUUCGUUUGUCACGAGGAAGACUGCUGCCAACUAUAUCCUCAAGACCAUGAGCACUCAUUCGCAGAAGCUAGUGAGUGAAGCGGCGAUCAUUUCGGAGGAGUUGAUAAAGGUGGCUAUGUUGUGGCACGACCAAGUCUAUACAGCCCUGGAAGACGCAUCCAGGUUAUACUUCAGCGAGAAGGACUACCGCGGCAUGUUCCGCACGUUGGACAAGAUGCAUGCUAUGUUGGAGCGGCCGCCGGAGACGCUCAAAGAGGUGUCCUUCCUGCAGAUGUACGGUAGAGACCUGCAGGAGGCGCAGCGCUGGUGCGAGCUAUACAAGGAGACGAACGACGAUCGCUACAUGAACUCUGCUUGGGAGGUGUACUGCACCGUCGUGCGGCGCAUCGGCGGGCAGUUCCGCGCGCACACGGCGCUCGAACUGCAGUACGUGAGCCGGCGGCUGCACGCGGCGCGCGACCUGCAGCUCGCCGUGCCCGGCUCCUACGUGCCGCGCCGCCCGCUCAUCCGCAUCGCCUGCAUCAACACGCACCUCCAGGUGAUCAAAUCGAAGCAGCGUCCGAGAAGACUGACCAUCCAGGGUUCGGAUGGCAAACAAUACAUGUUCCUGCUGAAAGGCCACGAGGACUUGCGUCAAGAUGAGCGAGUUAUGCAGCUGUUUGGCCUCGUCAAUACUUUACUACGAUCCGCCCCGACGACCUACAGACGUGAUUUGGCCAUACAACGAUAUGCUGUGGUGCCCUUAUCUCCAAACUCCGGGCUGAUAGGCUGGGUGCCGCACUGUGAUACUCUUUACAACCUCAUAAGUGACUACCGCGAUAAGAAGUCAAACAAGAUGGCGCUGAACACGGAGCAACAGAUCAUGUUGCGAAUGUCGUCGGAUUACCAGAAACUCAUGCUGAAGCAGAAGGUGGAGGUAUUCGAGUACACACUCUCGCAGACGCCAGGCAACGACCUAGCCCGCCUGCUCUGGCUGAAGAGCCCCUCAGCCGAGGCGUGGUUCGAGCGCCGCACCAACUACACCCGCUCCCUAGCUGUCAUGAGCAUGGUGGGAUACAUCCUGGGCCUCGGAGACAGACAUCCGUCCAAUAUCAUGCUGCAUAGAGUCACGGGAAAGGUUCUACACAUCGACUUCGGAGACUGCUUCGAGGUGACACAGACUAGGGAACGGUUCCCGGAGAAGAUACCCUUUAGACUGACGAGAAUGCUGAUCAAAGCCAUGGAGGUGACCGGCAUAGAGGGUACAUUCCGAAAUACGUGCGAGUCCGUCAUGGAAGUGCUACACAACAACAAGGACAGCGUUAUGGCGGUGCUAGAAGCGUUCGUGUACGACCCGUUACUCAACUGGCGGCUAAUCGAUAACGAGCGCCGAUCGGCCAGCGAAUCGUCAUUCUCAUCAGACAUGGACUCGCCUUAUUCCCUCCCGAGUCGAAGUCGAACUCGAUUGCACUACGAAUCGAUCGAGAUGCCGCCCGAAUCGAACUUAAAUAAGCGAGCGUUAGCGAUAUUAAAUCGGAUUCGAGAUAAACUUACGGGGCGCGAUUUUCCGAACGCAUGUACGAGCGAGGAUGCGAGCGCGCCCGCAAACGAGCACGCAAAUGAGCACGCACCGUGCGUCACCGUGCCGCAGCAAGUGCAGCUGUUACUGGAUAUCGCUACAGAUAAUGAAAACCUCUGCCAGUGUUAUAUUGGAUGGUGCCCAUUCUGGUAGAGGAUGUAAAGGUAUGAUUUUAGUAUAGUUGAAAAUAAUAUUAGUUUUUCGUAUAUAAAUUUAUUUAUACCGCCAAACUUUAUUAACAAAAAACACUUGGUAACCGAUUUGACAAAACGAAAUUGCGUUGACGAACUAAAUGUGAUUUUUGU